UGUUGGUUUUAUGUGGCUCUUUUUAAAAAAAUUUAAAACUGUGUUACAAACGUCAAUACUCCAAUGAGGCAACUAAGAAGUUGAAAUGGUUUACAUUGGUUUGGAGGUGACAUGUGACAGGGGACAGGCUUCAUAAUUCUUUUAUUGUGUUUCUGAAAUUGUGAGUAAGUUGUUAUCGUGGAUGAAUGUGUUUGUGAAGACACACUUCUUCCUGAGGAUGCUCUGACCUGACAAAAAGCCAGCUAUAAAAUAUAUAUUUAUCACUUUACUGUUUUCAUGUAACAACCUCACAUUUACAAUUUGCUUUUUGCCACGGUUAAUUAACCAUUCACGAUGGCUACUAACCCGGAGUGAACUUCCCUGUGUCCUACCCCGUGGUCUCAUCUCAUCACCUGUCACAGCCAGCUACCCCGUUGCUCUUUAGAGCACUUCACCGUUAUUGCGUUUCCCGGACUACCAGCUAAUUUAAGGGCAAGGCUGAAGCGACGCUGAGUGAGAAUCACAGCAACAACAAACUUAGCAUGUUCUUCUAAUGAGGGGCUGCUGGGAACGUCUGAUGCAUCUGCCAAAUGACUUGGAAGGAGAUGGGUGUACUACUGUCCAGAGUGAACAACAGUUGCAGGGGAAGCUCCGGAGAGCCCGUCAACACAUCGGAAACAGCGAGCGGCAGCAUCUGUGACGGAGAGGUCCGCGGCGCGGACAGCGACCGCUGCUCCGUCGCGCCCAUUCAGAACAACGAGAGGGUGCUGGUUCCUGCUUUCCCGGUGAGUGCGCACGUGGAGAGAGGCUACAUCACCCCGCAGCAAGUGUACAACCUGCUGAGCGCCGAGGAGGGCCAGCCCGCCCUGUACGACUCGUACUACAUCCUCAUCCUGGACUGCCGCAGCACGGAGAGGUACGAGGACAGUCACGUGGUGACGGCGCGGGCCGCCGUGACGGUGAUCCACCCGGUGCUGGGCUGUCUGGUGAGCUGCGUUGAACUGCAGAAGUACUCGACAAUACUGCUGUAUGCGGAGGAAGGAUGCAGCCCAGUGGGCAGUGCGAAGGCCAGGACGGACUCCCCGGACCUCCUGCACUGUUUCUUCCAGCUCAGCAGUUUGGGAAUGGAUCCCGUCAUCCUGCUGGGGGGGUUUUCGGCCUUCCACGCCCUCUACCCUUUCCUCUGCACGCCGCUCAUGGUCCUGCUGGAAGCCGAGCGCCACACUCUCACCAUCUACCCGUCCGAGAUCCUGGAAGAGGCUCUCUUCCAGGGCUCCGCCUCGCAGGCCUCCGACUACCGCAUCAUCAACAACCUACACAUCACGCACGUGGUCAACGCCACGGCCAACUGGCCCGACGCUUUCCCCGGCACGCUGCGCUACCUGCGGCUGCGUCUGAGCGACGACGCCCAGCAGGAGCUGGUGGAGGCCCUGCCGCUGGCCUCCAGGUUCAUCAGCUCGGCCCUGAUGGGCGACCCCGCCGGCCGCGUCCUGGUCCACUGCAGCGCGGGCAGGAGUCGCAGCUCAGCCGUGACGCUGGCCUUCCUCAUGGAGCACCGCCGCUGGUCGCUGCUCCACGCCCUGCGCUGGCUGAAGGAGAGGAGGGCGUGCUCGGCGCCGAACAUGAACUUCCUGCGUCAGCUGCUGAGCUACGAGGAGCUGCUGUUUGGGAGCAAAAUCACCUCCCUUAACGACAUCCGGCGGUGACCGGAGCGAGGAGGGGGAGUGGAGAGGAGGACGCUACCCUGGACCAGCCAGUUCUCAUUUUAGAAAUACCACAGGCAGAUUUAUCUUAUUGUUGUUCUAUUAGCCGCUGGUGUUAGUGUUACCUCUCACGCACUUAUGUUUCUGUAAUUUACUAUUUCCAUUUGAAUUAUUCUACUGAAUUUGUUUGGUUAUUUCAUUCCACACUAUUGUUAAUAUUACGCUUUAUACUCUCUAUAUAUAUUAAUCUGCUGGCAAUCCCUGGCACAAGAAGUUCCGUCGGUGUAGUUAAAGUUCUCUUAUCUUGUAUCAAUGAGCUGAAUCAGAUUAAUCUCCAUCUCCUCUAAACAUAAAAUGGAAAACGGCAACACAAAUAUUUAGGGCUAUACCGAACAAUUUCUUAAAUGUCUAUUUGUUGUUUUUAAACUGGGUUUUUCUGCACAGUUGCAGCUUCACUAGAUGAAUGGUAUCAUUCUAUUUGUAGGAUUACAUUACCGGGAUGGCUGAAUACGAACUUUGUCAACUCAGUGUAACAUGAUCCUGUCUUGCUUGACGAUAGUUGACAGAAUAUACAUAU